UUUGUUUGUUUGUUUGUUUUUUGCCGGACGAUAGGUUUCCAAGACAUGUUACGCUGUUUUUCAUUAAAAUGUCAAUCUGAAAUGAACGUUUUGAUGCCACGCAGUGGCGACUCCUCGUGGUUGUUGUGACAAUCACUCGACAACGCAACCCUCGUUUGGCAGGUGAAGCCCCUCCGCUUAGCCAUUGUGUAGCCAAGCGGCUAACGCAACUAGCUUCAACGCCGCUUUUCUACUUUCUUUACGCAGGCGGAAAACUUACAAGGCGCAGACAUGCCAACUCUAAAACUAAUCACUGUGACUGACACUCAUUAUUCAGCUACGUUGCUGAAGUCAUUGAAUGAGCAGCGGAAGAGUGGAUUAUUUUGCGACGUCACCAUAAUAGUACAAGACAAGAAGUUCCGCGCUCACAAAACCAUCCUGUCUGCAUCGAGUACAUAUUUCCAUCAGCUCUUUGUUGUCUCUGGGCAAGUCAUUGAACUCAACUGCAUCCGAGCUGAGAUCUUCGAACAUGUCCUCAAUUACAUAUACAGCUCAAAGAUCGUUCGUAUUCGCUCGGACUUGCUGGAGGAGCUCAUGAGCGCCGGGCAGACACUUGGGGUGAAGUUCAUUGCUAACCUGGCGACCCCGCUUUCCCAAGUCAUAUGUGUGCCCGGUUUAUCAAAGGAUGAAGACCCCCAAAACCAAAUAUCAUCAGUGAUGAAUACGCCCAUCAUUUCGGAGUCCUACUCCAUAUCUACGGAGGAGUUCAAACAGUCGAGCAACACCGCGAAUAAGGACGAGGACUCGGACGAUGACGUCAUGUUCAUCUCAAAGACAGACGCCGGAGCUCAGAAAGCCUCGGGGGACAUCAUUUGUCUGGACUCAGCAAAUGUGGAUAAAGUUGAAAAGGCUCAAAGUGAAGAAUCUUCAAGUGCAAAAUUGAAAGAAGCCGCAGUAACGCAAGAUGUAAAGUUUCCUGACAGAAGCCCGUUGCACAGUCCCGACAGCAGCUCCAAUAACCUCAAUUCCCCCGCCAGAAUGUCGCCAGGAAGUACUCCCACCACGCCAGCAAGGUCCAGCAGCUUCAACCCUGAGUUGCCCGCUGCGCCGCAGUCGUUUGGAAACGGCAGAGUGAUGGAAAACAAUGACGUAUUAGGAGUCCAAAAAAAGCAAAUUUUCACUUUGCCGCAGCAAGGAGAUUCCAAAAUCCGAUUGCUGGACAUCUCGGAUAGCCCUUCCGGUCCAAGAAAUAUUGUCAAUCCUGCGAUGGCGACGAAAAAGACGGUCACGCUUCACACAGCCAAGGAAAUUGAUUCAAUUUCACCUGAUUGUAAAGUUUACGCCAAUAUUGGAGAGAACACUUACGACAUUGUACCAGUGAAGGAAGAUCCAGGAGAGGGAGGCUCGAACGCUAACAAAGAGAAGAGAUCCAUACCGGAAUUUUCCGAGAACCCUAAGUCCUCGCCGGACAAGAAAAAGUCCAAAUCCGAGUCCGAGAACCACUACGAGCUGAUCAUGGAUGGCAAGACUUUCUACGUGUGCACCGUGUGCAAACGUCCUUACGUGUGUCGAACAAGCCUCCGCCGUCACUUCAAUACGCACUCGUGGGAAAGGAAGUACCCGUGCCGCUACUGCGACAAAGUCUUCGCCCUGGCCGAGUACAGGACUAAACACGAAAUUCAACACACGGGCGAGCGGCGCUACCAGUGCCUGAUGUGCCACGGUACCUUCCUCAACUACCAGCUACUCUCCAACCACUGCAAGCAAGUGCAUCACAUAGCCCCCAGCGGCAAGAAGGCCAAGGACGGGGAAGACAACAUUUACCGCUUGCUGCCUUUCAAGGCGACGCAGACGAAGGCCUACUCGUGGAGCGCAGACGUGUCGGGUGGGCCAUUCAUCGGCCAGGACGGCGGCACUUACCGCGCGCCCCCUACUCCAGAGGGUGUCCCCCCACCUGCUCAGAGCCAGGCGUUGAAUUGGGACGAUAUUUUCGAAUCUGAAGAGCACAUGCUAAUGGGCCGACCGGGGGCGCCCAACAAUGUCAACCCACCCGAGGCCAAAUCGGAGUUUAAUUUUAACAUUCCGGAGACAUACUGAGCUGCGCUGGCCCGCGCCUUCACUCGUGCCUUUUUGGAAGGCCCCCCCGCUUGGACUUCCACGGCUCCUCUGUGGAUCUUCAUUUCACUGUGGUGGUCCGGACGAGGGAAUGUUCACACACAUGACUGCAAUGCUUGUUCUUUUAAAAUGUGGCCCAAACAACCUUGAUCACUUGUUUUAAGACUUUGGCUAUUAUACGGUUAAUAGACACACACAACUUGUUACGGUGUUGAUAUUUGCUGCCCAAAUAUUGAAAUUUAAGCUGUGUUUCCCUAACUCAAUUGAGCCAAGGUACGUGUUUUACAUUACAGAAAUGUUACGGCGCACCUCUAAAGAAAGAAGCCACAAAAGUAUAUGGGCCGGAAAAAAAUGAUAACCUCAUCUUCCUUUACUUAAUAAUGUACUUAGUGAGUAAUCUGGGCCCACUUGUUGGAACACAGUUUUUCUUCUGAAUGGCGACAGAUGGAUACAUUUAUGGAAUUGUACUUUCUGCCACCUACAGCAGUUAAAAAAAAAAAAAAAAGCAUUUAUUUGAUGUGCUUAGGUAGGCCUGAACGAUAUAUCGUUGGAACAUUGCUGUGCGGAUGAGCAAUACUCGCAUCAGAAGGACGUACGAUUUUUUUUGUGUUUUUUUUUUUUUAAGAACACGCAAACUUGUUUUUAUGCUUCAUGCUAGUACAGUACAGUACAGUACAGUACUCCCUCCUCAACAGUGCAGAUCAUGUUUGGUUCUUAAAGUCAAUGAUGAUUGACAGGUUUGUAGCUUUGAUUUGGCAGAUGAGGCUUGGUAGCUCCACAUAUCAAAGGCGCAAAUGUGGUAAUUAGAGGUGUGCGAAAUUUCCGAUUUGAUUAUUCGCGAUUUGGCCCUGGAAGAUUCGUGAACGAUUCACAAACAUCCAAAUUUCAAUUAUCGAAAUAUGUCAAGUAAAGCGGAACUAAAACACAGUCAGCGCGGUCUUCAGGACACAAUGAGGAACGGACCGAGAGUAAACAUCAUGCUUGUCAUUAUCUGGGUAAUGACAAUGCUCAACUCACAGCUUUGGCUCAACUCAUGCCGCUAGAUAAAAAAACAAUAAUACCUGACUGCUGCCGACAGCCGCUACAAACUACAUCCACAUAAUGCUAUGGUAGAUAUCACAUGUGUAAAGAACUAGAUGCGAAAUGACAGACUUGCCGACGUUAGUAAACAGCCGCCAUCUUAAAGCAGUAGACUUCCCUGGAAGGCUGUUGUAGCGAACCUUCCUGGCAAACCUAAUUAACUUUUUAUCUAAAAUACUAAAUCGGCAAAAUUUUGACUUGAAUCUAUUUUUAAAACAGUUUUAAAACUUUCACAUGUCGAAAGUAGACAGAAAGGAAAUUAUGGAAUAACGGGAGCAAUUUUAACAACUUUAACGGUUGAUUCACAACAUUAAAUUAAUUGAAUGUAGUUUAAAGCUGCUGAUACAGAAUGGGGACUUGAGUAUUUUAUUGACUGUUUUGAACUGUUAACUUGAUCCUGAAAUAGUCGUUUAUUUAAGCCUGAGAGGCUUUUUGUACAAUUUUUGUAAGUAUUGUACGAAACAUUAAAAGCAGCUAAUAG